AUGGGGACAAGUUUCAGCUCAAACUGCGGAUGCAUGACAGUGUUUGCUUCAGCGUGGCAAAAAACUUCUUCAAUGUGGUCUUCAAAGUCACAAAGCGAAAGGCCAACAAUUCUUGAAGAAGAUGACACUCAUUCAGCAGAUCUUUUAUCAGAACAAGAAAUUCAAAGGCUACUGAAUGAAAGCCAAGAUUACUACAAUUCAGAUCCGAAAAAUUUUAGUUUCCAUAAAUCGAAAUCUGACCUGUAA